AUCAAGAUGUUGUCUUCCGCUUUCCUCACCAUUGCAUUGGCUACUGCAGCUUUUUCGCACCCCACGAAACGACAGACCGGUGGUGUGAUCACCUCUUGUACUGUUCCGAAUACCGCUGCUCUGACAUUCGAUGAUGGACCUUACAUCUAUUCGCAAAACAUCGUCGAUAUGCUCGAUGCUAAAGGUGUCAAGGGCACGUUCUUCGUUAAUGGUAACAAUUAUGGCUGUAUAUAUGGAGACACCGAGGUAGCAGCGCUACAGAACGCGUACUCGAAGGGUCAUCAGAUCGCUUCGCAUACAUGGGUGCAUAAAGAUUUGGCUACACUAACCACCGACCAAGUGGAGAGUGAAUUUACUCUCACUGAUACGGCUUUGGCAAAAAUCCUCGGAGUCAAGGUCGCAUUUAUGAGACCUCCGUAUGGCAGUUACAACGACGGUGUGUUGCAAGUCGCCGCUGCUCACAAUCAGAGUGUGAUUACCUGGGUUUUCGACUCUGGAGAUUCUGUCGGAGAAGCUCCUGCGGAUAGCGAGGUGGAUUAUGAUACCCUUGUGGCUAAGCAUCCUAGCACGAUCUUGACUCUGAAUCAUGAGACCGUUGAAACUACUAGCACGACCGUUCUCCCGCAUGCUCUUGACGAUUUGCUAGGUGCAGGCUAUAAACUCGUGACCGUCGCUGAAUGUCUUGGCCUGCCAGCGUAUUUGAGCGUUGCAGCACCUGGUACGAAAGAUGAUUCAUGGACCUGCUGAACACAGAAAUUGUUUGUUUUAGGCUGACUACCUUGCUACAUGGACUUGGACUUGGACGCUGUAUUGUUAUUUAGAACCCGUCACUUUGCUAAUACCAUCAC